UAAACCUCCCCAUCCCAUCAACGAAUCUGCGACCCAAUUUCAUUCCGAUACAACCUUCGCUUUCCUUGGUGACCAAAUUUCAGCAAAUAAUCCACAAAUGUGGUCAUCUCUUUUAUCUUCCUCUCCGAUAUUCACUCAUCCUGUAUCUUGUUCACUCCAUGAAGUGUGUGGAAAACAAAGAUUUUGUGGGGUAUUCUGGAGAAGGAAACGGAAUUUGAUGAAGAAAAUGGUGGUGGUUAAAGCAGGAGCAAAAAGGGUUUGUUUUGAUAAAGAAUGCAGGGAAGGUUUGGUUGCUGGGAUAGAUAAGCUUGCUGAUGCUGUUUCUGUCACUUUAGGACCUAAAGGCCGCAAUGUCGUUCUUUCUGAAUCUGGAACACUUAAAGUUAUUAAUGAUGGUGUCACGAUUGCUAGAGCCAUAGAGCUUUCUGAUGCAAUUGAAAAUGCAGGAGCGGUGCUUAUUCAAGAGGUUGCAACUAAGACAAACGAUUUAGCUGGCGAUGGUACUACCACUGCAAUUGUUCUUGCAAGAGAGAUGAUCAAAUCUGGAUUAUUGGCAGUAGCAUUUGGAGCUAAUCCCGUUUCUUUAAAGAAAGGAAUGGAGAGGACUGCGAAAGAAUUGAUCAAAGUUUUAAAGAAGAAAACAAUUCCGGUCAGUAAAAGGGAUGAUAUAAAAGCCAUAGCUUCCGUCUCUGCUGGAAACGAUGAAUUUAUUGGAAGCUUAAUUGCUGACGCGAUAGAUAAGAUCGGCCCUGAUGGAAUAAUUUCUAUUGAAUCCUCCUCAUCAAGUGAAACUUCUCUGAUGGUUGAAGAAGGAAUGAAAAUCGACAAAGGAUACAUGUCUCCUCAUUUCAUCACAAACGAGAACAAUUCAUCUGUGGAAUUUGAAAAUGCUAAAGUCUUGAUAACUGAUCAAAAGAUAUCAACUGUCAAAGAAAUUGUUCCUUUGCUAGAAAAGAGUACUCAAUUGAGCGUCCCUCUGCUCAUCUUCGCCGAAGAUAUCUCAAUGUCAGUGCUGGAAACACUAGUAGUUAACAAAACUCAAGGCUUACUCAGGGUUGCUGUUGUCAAAUGUCCUGGGGUUGGGGAUCGAAAGAAAGCUUUACUGCAAGAUAUUGCCCUGAUGACAGGUGCUGAUUUUCUCUCGGGAGAUUUGGGUUUGUCCCUUGAAGGGGCAACCUCUGAUCAGCUUGGUAUUGCACGCAAAGUAACCAUAACAAGUAGUUAUACAACUAUUGUUGCUGAUCCAUCCAUGAAAGCUGAAAUUCAAGCAAGGAUCUCGCAGAUAAAGAAGGAUCUUUCUGAAACAGAUAAUUCGUAUCUUUCAAGAAAGCUUAGUGAACGAAUUGCAAAACUCUCUGGUGGUGUUGCUAUUAUCAGGGUAGGAGCAUAUACUGAGAUGGAACUUGAAGACCGAAAGCUACGAAUCGAGGAUGCAAAAAGCGCCACUUAUGCAGCUAUGGAUGAGGGUAUUGUGCCUGGUGGUGGAGCAACCUAUAUUCAUCUUUUGGAGGAAAUUCCUUCCAUCAAGAAGUCCUUGCAAGAUCCAGAUGAGGAAAGUGGGGCCAACAUUGUAGCAUCUGCACUGCAAGCCCCUGCAAGAUUGAUAGCAGCCAAUGCAGGGGUCGAUGGUGCUGUAGUUGUCGAAAAGAUCAAGACACUUGGCUGGGAAUUUGGUUAUAACGCAAUGACCGACACCUACGAGAAUCUUCUUGCAGCGGGAAUAAUUGAUCCUUGCAGGGUCUCAAGGUGUGCCCUUCAAAAUGCUGUAUCAAUCGCGGGUCGUUAUCUUCAGGGCCCCAUAGGUUUAGUCCAGGUGCAAACAAGCUGGCCGGACGCUCACUGUUACAAAAGAAGUAAGAAAAAUCUGUUGGUGUUGAUGGUCAUUUCCUUGACUGAAACAUUAAUGAUGCAAAGGAAGUGGUGGAAAGCUGCUUAUUUUUGUUUUGUUAGAACAUGAAGCAUGAUGUUAGUAGGAGGUUUAAGUUUAUAGGUUUGAUUAUUUUGUUAUACAGGACCUUAAUGUUGGGAUAGUUUCUGGGAUUCAUAUAAAACUUUGGU